CGCCUAAAACUUAUCCAGGCUAAAGCCUAAAUUUUCGUUUUGACACAUUUAGUUCUGAGAACGAGGCUAUAUUGCGUUUUAAACUAAUAGAAAUAUAUAUACAAAGGGUAAUUCCCUCCCACCCAGGGAAUUUAUUUAGGUAGCCAGAAAGUUUCAUGUUGGUGAAAAGCAGUUUGCUGAUUGAAUUGAUUUAUUGGUAACUAGCUAUAUAUUUGAUACUGUGAAUUCUCGGAUCCGGGCUGACGUCACACCGCUGAAGAUUGGCCAAUCUUCGCGCAUGCGCGAGUAACUGCAGUGAAAACAAACGUUUUGCGCUAGCUGUGGAAAGCUUUUUUCACUGCAGUUUACUGUAAGAGAAGGUCUAUGACACAAUGAGUUACAACAUUGAAGAAAUAAGUGUCGAAGCGAAAACAAGAUAUUUUAAUAAGCUAAAAAUUGUUAAUUUGGAUACUUGUCCAUACCAAUUGUCAGCAGAUGCUUGGAUCAACGAUCCUUCGAAGUGGCCAAACUUGGAGUACCCUGAGGUUUAUGAUUACUUGGUAAACACCCCUGGCGUUUUUACAAGAGAAGCUAUGAAGAGUCGAAAAAGUUUGAAAGCCCACAAUCAAUUUGUUAGUGGAUGGGUUAGAACUGUGUUUUUCUUUAAGAAAGACAAAACAUGGCCAUAUAUUUUACUGAAGGCAGAAGUUAUGCCUUCUCAAAGAGUAAAUGAGGAUCCUCACAUACCCUGGAUCAUUGUGGACAUAAAAAAUGUUAAUGUUCUUUCUGCCCACUGCACAUGUAUGGCUGGGCUUGGUGAGUCAUGUAGUCACAUAGGGGCUUUGUUAUUUAAAAUCGAGGCUGCUGUUCGUGCUGGAUUCACUAAGAAAGCAUGUACUGAAGAAGCAUGUAAGUGGAAUGUCGAUUUUGUCAAAAAAGUUGCACCGAAGAAGAUUUCUGACAUUAAAUUUUAUUCAGAGAAGGCUGUUGAGAACUUUAAGAAAAACAAUCGUAGCAGUAAUAAAUUUCCUGGUAGUAAUGUUCCACCAACUGAUGAAGAAAAGGCAAGGUUUUUAUCAAAACUGUCUAAAUUGGACAAAAAAUCCAUUGUUUUGCAUACAUUCUCUGAUUUUUAUAAACCAUUCGUGCCAAUAUAUGAACCACCUAGAAGAGCCAAGUUACCAAAGUCAUUGAGAACGCUAUUUAGCAGUAACAACAUUGAUAAAGAUGGUGACGAGUUACAACAAAUGUCAAGAGAUAUUUAUAAUAACAUGACUUUGUCAGCAGAGGUUGUUGAUUACAUUUACAACUCAAGUACGAAACAAUCGAAAAGUUUUAUUUGGCAUGAGAUACGUGUUGGCAGAAUUACUGCAUCAAAAGUAUAUGAUGUUCUCCACACUAACUUGGAAACUCCAUCAGAGUCCCUAAUCAAAAGGAUUUGUAAAAUUUCAUCUGUUGUAUCCACCACUGUAUCCUCUUUACGUUGGGGCCUUGACCAUGAGAAACAUGCUGUCGCUGAUUUUUUAAAACGUAGUAACCAUUUAAAUGCAAAGAUUGUUGAUUGUGGGUUGAAACUUGUACCAGAACGGACGUAUAUUGGGGCUACACCUGAUGGAAUAUUCACAUGUGAUUGUCAUAAGGAAGAAAAGUUAAUUGAAAUCAAGUGCCCGUACAGUUAUCGCAACAUUGUUUCCUUCGCUGCUGCUGUAUCUGACAACAAAUUUGUUAUGAAUUCUGAAGGAAAGUUGAAAAAAGAGCACAGGUAUUACUAUCAAGUACAGUUUCAAAUGUUUGUUUUCAAUUGCAAAAGCUGUUUUUUUAUUGUGUGGACUCCACAUUGGUUACAUGCUGUUGAGGUUUUGUUUGAUGUGAACUUCAUCAAUUUGAAUAUGGACAAAGUUGAACAGUUUUAUCUCCGACACAUUAUACCAGAGUUAUUGACAAGAAGACUAGAGCGUAAAGUUGUUAAAGCUCCACCUCCUCCUCCUCAAGCAAAUGCAAGUGAAAAAUUGUAUUGUCUCUGUCAGACACCCAUCGUACUUCUGUUGUUGGUGUGCAGAAAUUGUCGUCGACUGCUUCGGGAACCAGUCCCAAAUUGUUCUAUGAUACAAAACAUGUUGGCACGAUUUCAUUGAACUAAUUUUGACCCAACAAUUCACAAUUUCAAGCGUCAUUCAAACGUGAUUUGCAUGUGAAGAUUUGUUGACAGAAGCGGUUAAAAAAAAGAUGGAACAAUGAUGAAACGGAAGAGCUUGCUGAUUUGCUCGAUUACCACUUUUCGUUGGAUCCGUUUGAAAUAAGAAUAUAUUCAUUAAAUACAGAUUAUGAAUUGAAAUAAAAAAUACUUGUAAUAGCCUAAUUUGUAAAGUAUUUUUAUAUAAUUCAGAUUGACUUUCAUGGUAAAAAAUCUCACGAUUAGGGAUUGGUCUAGUCUGAAAUGUCUAAAAAUGUGUAAAUUGUUAUCUUUUUCGUUUAACAAGAUGAAUUAUUAUUUUCCUUUUAAAAUUUAAUUUUGAAGUAUAAUAUCGUUGUUCUUUGUUUAAUAGCGUCCAUUUUACAUUUCUAAUAGUUGUCAACCAUUUUUUUUUGUGAAAACGAAAGUGAAAUGUAUGGUGUAGAAAAGCUCAAAAUUUUAGUAGUAAAAAAAGUGGCAGCUACUAACUUAUACGAUAGAACGCUUUAGGCAAAACUUUGCGUCAGAAUGUUCCUGUACUGGUAAAUUGUGAGCUAGCCAUCCGGGGUUUUGUGCACCUUGCCGUCUGUUUAGGCUGCCCCGGGUAGAAACCAAAGGCGAGAUAGUAGUCUAUGGUCAUCCUUCUUUAGUUUUAAAAUAAAAAAAUGUUAAAUUUUCUUUUAUUGGGACACUAAAACAAGAUAAUAGGGAGUGAGGUCAAUAUCGAUGACGUCAUAAUGUUAUGCCGCAGGUGCUUUUUUUAAAAAAAAUUUUUGGAACAUGCGCACACUUUUUUUCCUUAAAAUCGCGGUUUGAACGACCGUAUUAAAAGCAACAAAAGCAAGCACGAGGAACCUGCGUACCCACUUCUGUAUCUUCAACAGACGGACCUAGGAAAAACGGAAACCUCACAAGAGCUUAUGAGUGUGGCGGGAAUUGUUAAAGCCGGUCGACUUCCUAUAUCUUUUGAUAUCCGCCAGCGAAGGCGGAAUCUUUAAAAUCGGCUGAGGAGAUAGAGAGAUAGAUAGAGACAGCGCGGCUAGGCUGGACGUUUAGCGAGGCUAAAAUGACUUUUAAGCCAAUAAGAAUCCUAACAGUGCAACAACUUGUUUUAUUAUCCAAUGAACAAUACUUUAUUUUAAAUUUUAUAUGCUAUCGAAAGAUAACGCUUGUGCAGUGUAGCAUAAUGAAGAUCGUCUUAUAAUGCGCCAUCUUUGAUGUUAUUAACGUUUCCCUUUAAUAAUUACGUCAUUUCCUUCUGUACAAUUUUGCAAGCACGUGGACUAAAGCUAUAUUCAGCAGAACUAAUUAAUUAUUCACGAUUUUUAAUUUAAAGAGGAAUUGUUGAGACUGAAUAUUUUUGGUGAAAGAUAAUGUAUUAUAGCUAUAAAAUCGUGACAAGUGUGUUGCAAAAGAAAAAAGAAUAUGUAGCCUUAUGAAAAUAACCUUUCGUAACUGAUUAUGUAAAAAAAAAAAUCCUGCCACCUUUAAAGAUAUUUUCCAAGUUGUUUUUCAGAAAAAAAGAGAAAAUAGAUAAAUUUUCAGCCUUGCCAUUGGUCUUAUUUUGUUUUUAUUGUUCAUCAAUUUUCAGGUUUAUUAUUUUUUUUUAAAUUGUUUUUAUAAAGAAAUGAAGUUUAUGUAAGUUAAGUCAGCUAUGAUUUACAGUUACAAUAAUAAUCAAAAAUUUAAAUUUAAAAUUUUAGAAUAUUCAAUGAUUUUGUUCCCCCAUACUUCUCAGUCCUCUUUAAAGUUCCGUACUUUUUCAGAUUAUUGCUAAUGGCGGAAAUCUUUACGCCGCAGGGCUUCUUGUUUUAAU